UUCAAUGGAAUGCGUGUAGGACACCGAUAAUAACAAAUACAAAUAACAAAGUCUCUGUUAUUUAAAGUCGUAUAAGAUACACAUCUAACCGUUUUUUUUACAGCAUUAUCAUUGCGUGAUAUCAUUUUGACGUUCAACAUUGUAACAUUAGACCUACUACUCCCACUAGCGGACAUAUGUAAGUAUUAGGUGAUGGUGACGAACCAUAACAAACAUGGCGACCUGCAUUUAACAAAGUCGGUAAGGUUUUAAAUGUGUACUAUCAAUCACAAACGUUUAUGUUUUUUACUAUCCAUAAAACGUGUAUAGAUGAUAAAUUGGUCGGACUGUAGGUUGUUUAGUUACUUAAAGUCUGUGAAAAUAAUAGCGUCGCGCACUGUGCUAGGUUACUAUUGAGGAGAAACGAAAUACGAAGUACGUACAUGCAACCAUCAAAAACUACCCGUUUAAAAUAUCAAUCUUACCCCAGUAGCUGAAGAAUGACAAUUUUAUGUUAAUCUUUAAUAUUUCUGAGACAUGGAUCUACAAGAAAUUACACGUUACGCCACACGAAUAGAAAAACUGCACAAAGACGGCAACUAUGAAGACAUUUCAUCUUUGCUGACAGACCUCUGCAACACUACUGUCGUCCUUUCGCAGCUGCAGAACACAGCCAUUGUCCAAACUCUUUGUCAGCUCGUGAAGUCAUGUCCAGUAGCGGCUGUUCGUAAAACGGCCAAGGAUCUGCUCUCAAAAUGGAAGCAGGUGUGCAGUUCACCAUAUGAACACAAAAAUAUAAAACACAGGAGUAAGAUAAAAGAAUGUGAACCAGAUGACAAAGAUAAAACUGAAAUAAGUCAAUCUGUUCCCAUUAGCACACAGCACCCACAUACUGGCAACAUACUUGAGCCAGAUAACGUGAACCAAGAACUAACAAGUCAGGCAUCUGGCUUCAGUGUGGCCUCAGGUCAGCUGUCUCCUGAAGGCACUAAGUCAUUAAAGGAGGCAGGAGAAUUUAUGAAUACACAUAAAGCAGAGGUUAACCAGGCUGUUGCAUCAGAUUUGCCAAGUUACAAUGGAGAGGAAGAUUCAGGAGCCACCUCUACGAUUACACCUCAGCCCGCUACUGAGAGCACAAACUUGAGAGCAAAGUGUGUAGAGCUGCUUCUCCGAGCCCUGACCCCAGAUCAGGAAGCAGACGUUGAAGCCACGACCCAGCUUUCCACCUUAGCCCACACCAUCGAGAAGCACAUUCACGCUCUCCACAGCCAGAACCAGCUCAAGUACAAGUCCUGUGUAAGAAGCAAGUUGGCUAACCUGAAGAACCCCAAGAGCCCUCACCUCCGCCAGGGCCUGCUUACAGGAGCCCUGCCUCCUGAGGUGUUCGCACGAAUGUCCUCAAAAGAAAUGGCCGGCGAGGAGCUCCAGCAACUGAGGGAGGGAUACACGGCAGCGGGCAUCAGUGAGCACCAGCUCCCUUGUGGUCCAGGAGGGAUGCGGACCACCAAAGUACGCUGUAGACGCUGCGAGGCCAUGGACUGCACUGUAACGCAGGUUUGCCGCGGGACGCUCUUCCUGCCUUCCUGGGUGAAGAACAGCAACACAGAUGAGGAGGUUGUGACCUUUGUGACCUGUGCUGGAUGUGGGGAGCAGUGGUACCAUAGCCGCUGGGUGUGCCUUUGAACAGGCCUCUGAAAGGACUUGCCCUAAACAAAUCAUAAACAUUAUCUGAGAAACACAAGGACUAUUCUCAGAUCAGCACAAAAUGGAACUAACGUGUCACGAUGUAGAAUAAUUAUCUGGAGCAAUCUUCACUCCAGUACCCUUCUUGGAAACUCAUCUUGUGCCACAUGCAGUGAGCAUGUGACUGGAUUUUCUGCCCAAGAUGCGGUUCGGAUACAGAUUUCCCAUCAUGCUUCAGUCAAAAGUUUCUCACUUUGCCAAUAUGCAUGUACCUUUUCGAUACAUUCAAAAAUGAAGAGUCUCUUCUGAGAGAUGGCAGUGUUAGAUCACUGUUUUAGAGUUAAACAUAUGUUUUGAGCGUUGGGUUAAUUGGUUCAUUUUAACAGUAAUUUGUAUAUAAAUGGAAACUGGUAAAUGCUCAGUUUGGGGGGAAAAGGUUUUGUGUGUGUGUGUGUGUGUGUGUGUUUUGGUGGGUGGGUGUCUGCUUGUCACAGUUCUGUCACUUAUUCCAAUUAUGAUCAAUAAUCCUUGGGGAAUGCCUAUAUCAAAAACUUUGCAAUAAUGGUUUCUUUUAUGUGAAACCAUUAUUUUUGUAUAACCCACUCUUAAGGUUUUAUGUUUUAAGGUCAUUGCAGUUUUGACACUCCCUUGCACACUAUAAAGUCCACUUGGUUACUUUAUGACUGAAUGAUUAGACUUGCCUUUGUAAACUGAAUGAUACUAUUGUGUUAUGUAUAAUGAUUACUGUUAUGUAUAAUGAUUACCAUAAGUAUGUUUGCUGGAUUUUUACAUGGUAAAAGUUUGAUAAAGACUUGAUUGCCUCUCUUAACUGACUAGCUGUUUUAAAUUGUGUAACUAAUCUUUGUUCGUUGCUUCAACAAAAUAAAUGCUUAAGAAGGUCCGUAA